UACAAGUGUGAAAGGAAUCGUAGGUGUGAACACUAGAGGCGGGCUAAUGAUAACUAGCCUUUGAUUGAAGGUCGUGCCAAUUGAAAUAGGUAUUCCGAAUUGGUAUCCAAUAGAUUCCCAUGUUCCGAUCUUUCCAUUUUUUACCCAUUUCUUGGGGAGGGUCUCCCAACUAUAUUUAAAAAUGAAUUGGAUAGAUUCUAUGGUUUAAUGAGUCAAACUUAUUUCCAUUCCCUUAAGGAUUUGACUUAGUCUUUUACUUGUUUGUUAAAGAUUUGUUUCUUUUUCUUGUACGAUUUGGUCAUUUGUUUGCUUUCUUUUUAUGGUUUGGAUUUGAGUUAGAGAGUCUGUAAAUAGGGAGCCGAGUUCCCCAUUAUAAUCAUCAAGCUUUCAUUUAAUCAAAUAAAAGUGAGUUUAUCUCGUGUUCUUUAAGAACGUUUUCUUAAAUUUUCUAAUUCGAGAGGUUUGAGUGUCUCUUACCAGCUAGAAGAUCACAUCUAGUUAUGGUGAGUUCGACUAUAUCGAUUGGCCUUUCCCAUAGGGUCGGGAUUGUUUGAUCGAUUUUCCACGAUUAUCCUUUAUAUUUGUGUUGUUGAAGAAAGAAGAUAAGGCCUAUAAAAAGUUCAACGUGUGCAACUCUGUUGUUUUGGUCCGAAUUCGAGGUUCUCUUCGAAUUAGGGUCAUAUUAGCCUAUUAUUGACGAAGAUGAUUAUGAUGAAGAGUCGAAAGUGGGUUGACCUCUACAAAGAAGAAAGAGAUUGGUGGUUGGAGUACUUUUUGUGCUAUGGGUUUUGUGUGGCGUGGCGGCGUUAAUUUGCACAUAUCUGGGUGCUAGGAAAUUUUUUGGAUGUUUUUCAAUUUGAUGGGCGUCUAUUUGUAAAGAUUCUCGAAGGUAGUAGGAGGGGUGGAUAUAGAAUUUCAGCACCACUGCCUUGUUUUCUAGCGGCAUGGACUGUAAUUACUUCACCAUCGCGGCAUUGAUGGUUUCAACGUUCAACGUUUAUUCUUGAUCCCGACGUCAUGCCAUGAGAUCAAACUCGUAGGGGAUUCUAACAAUGAACUAACGAAAAGUGGAGAAAUUAUUUUGAAUUCUUCCUUUGGGAUGACUCAACUUCAUGCUUUUUCUCGAAGUUGGCCGACAGUGGGUAGACGCCCACCAAGAGUGGUGUAACUUUGGAUCGUUGUUGCUAGAAUGACCUUUUAUUUCUUUGUAUGCGUUUUGUGACAGGGCAGGGAGAGAAAAAGUAAAUUAAAAGAAUAAUUUAAACAAUUAAUUAAAGUGGAAAGGAAAGGACAUAUUAGUGUUUUCUUUUCUCUUGCACUCUUUUUGGAUGGAAAUAUUAACAUAAGGGUAAAUUUGUUAUGUUUUGAUAAAUGAAGGUAUGAAAGUGCAGAAAAUUGAUAGAUGAAUGUAUAUUUGUUAAUUUAUAAUAAUAGAGGGAUAUGAAAUAUUAUUAGCCUAUAAACAUAAAACGAUGAGAACUAGGUUUCAGGCCUGCAAAAAUAGUGUUUUGAAGCCCAUGAAGCGAAUGAUUAAAGCCCAUCCUAAAAACGGAAGUUAGAUUUGGGCCUAGCAUAAUGGACAGAACUAAAGGGUCUAUAGCCUUUGCCGACCGCUUUUUCACGAACUGGUAAGGUUUGGACCUAGAUCAGAUGAGAGAAAGGGAUCCAGAAAACUCCCACUAUAAAUUCUAACGCUUCAACUUCCGCUCAACACUGCCUCCCAAAACCCUAGAGUAAUUCCGCAGAGGAACACUCCUUCGCCAAACCAGAAAAUGGCCGUCGCCGCCGCCCGUCCCCUCGUCUCCGUCCAAGCCCUACCUUCAAUGAACGAUAUGGCCGCCGAUUCUCCGGCCACCGUUCCUCUACCCGACGUCAUGAGGGCCUCUAUCAGACCCGACGUCGUGAACUUUGUUCACUCUAACAUGUCGAAGAACAGCCGGCAACCCUACGCCGUCUCCAAGAAGGCCGGCCACCAGACCUCCGCCGAGUCCUGGGGUACCGGCCGUGCUGUCUCUCGUAUCCCCCGUGUUCCCGGUGGAGGAACUCACCGCGCCGGUCAGGGAGCCUUCGGAAACAUGUGUCGAGGCGGUCGCAUGUUCGCUCCUACCAAGAUCUGGCGCCGCUGGCACCGGAGGAUCAACGUCAACCAGAAGAGGUACGCCGUCGUUUCCGCCAUCGCCGCCUCGGCAAUCCCUUCUCUGGUGAUGGCUCGCGGCCACCGGAUCGACACUGUCCCCGAGCUGCCCCUGGUGAUUAACGACUCUGCCGAAGGGGUCGAGAAGACAUCCACCGCCAUCAAGCUGCUGAAGGAGAUCGGAGCUUAUGCUGAUGCUGAGAAGGCGAAGGACAGCGUGGGGAUUCGUCCUGGAAAAGGUAAGAUGAGGAACAGGAGGUAUAUUUCUCGCAAGGGACCUUUGGUUGUGUAUGGAACUGAAGGCGCUAAGCUGGUGAAGGCCUUCCGCAACAUUCCUGGAGUGGAAGUGGCCAAUGUGGAUCGUCUGAAUCUUUUGAAGCUUGCCCCUGGUGGCCACUUGGGUCGAUUUGUCAUCUGGACUAAGUCGGCUUUUGAGAAGCUUGACUCCAUCUAUGGCUCCUUCGACAAGGCUGCUGAGAAGAAGAAGGGUUAUGUGCUGCCUAGGGCUAAGAUGGUGAAUGCUGAUUUGGCUAGGAUUAUCAACUCUGAUGAGGUUCAGUCUGUGGUGAAGCCCAUCAAGAAGGAAGUUAAGAGAGCACCAUUGAAGAAGAAUCCUCUGAAGAACUUAAAUGUGAUGCUCAAGUUGAACCCAUAUGCCAAGACCGCUAGGAGGAUGUCCUUGUUGGCCGAGGCCCAGCGCGUGAAGGCCAAGAAGGAGAAGCUCGACAAGAAGAGGACUCCCAUCAGCAAGGAGGAAGCGUCUGCUAUCAAGGCUGCUGGAAAGGCCUGGUACCAAACUAUGAUUUCUGAGAGUGAUUACACCGAGUUCGAGAUCUUCUCCAAGUGGCUCGGGGUUUCCCAGUAAACUUCUGGUAGUUUGUUUGUUUGAGUCAUGCUUUAUCCGUUGUCUACAAGUUUUGUUUGUUGGAUGUUAGGAAUUUUUAUUUUGGUGGAGGAGGUGAAUGACAAGGUGGUUCCUUAUUUCAGGAGGAUUAUUACUAUCAUUUACAUUACUAUCAUCGUUAGUUGUUUUAUGGUAUGUUAUUAUGUUAUAAUGAGAUGUUACCAGUGUACGGUUCUUUGGUUUUUCAGUCUUGGGAUGGCUAAACCCUGUUUUGUUUGAGAUUAAUUACCUUGUCUAGGCUUAAGGGUGCUUGAUUACAUAGAAGGCACAUACUGGUGUGAUGUUCUGUGUCCACAUUUUGGUUUCUGGUGAAAAUGGUGGUAACAACUUGUAGCUUUAGUCGUCUAACAGAGGGGUUUUUCUUUUCUUAUAUAUCAUACAAGUUGGUGAGAUUGCCAUUUUCUCCCGCAUCUAGUUGAAUAGAGGAUGUAGGGGUUUGGAUGUUUUGCCUUGAUUCUAGCUACAAGAGAAAAAUGAUUCUUCAUAUUCAAAUACCCUUUCUUGAUCUAUCAUUUAGCUACUAAUCAGUUUUGUUUAUGAAAAUCCAUGUAGUUCCAAUUACUGGUCGAGGGACUAGUUCUCAGACUUGUACACUUUCAAAUUGGUUUAGCUCUACUUGCAUUAGCAUGAUUUCAAUAUUUAUCAUUUACAUUUUCCUUCACAUUAUUUGGUUUAGUUGAGGACAGAAGUGCACAAAAAAAUGCAGAAAUUGCUAGUAUUUUUUUUAUAUAUAUAGUGAAUGGUCGUUUCAUUAAUACGAAACAAGGUGUACAUAGUUGUAGCAACAACUGAAAGGAAGGAAAAAAGCCCAUUGAGCAAGAAGUCUAAACAUAUAAGCUUAUAAAAGCCCAAAAGCCAAACGAGGGCCAAAUGCCUGAUCCUAACAUUUGGAUCCCCAAAGCCUACUGCUAGAAACCCUAACUCAGUCAGCCCAAUCAUUGAGUAGUGGCUACCAAUUGCAUCCCCACUCGAAACGCUUGUCGCUGCUACCGAUUGCUAGUAGAUGUGUUGCUCUUGCUCUAGUUACCAGUUGAGUUUAUAGAUCACAUAUCAACUGCGGAGCUGGAUGUCGCUUCUGAUAAUGAGGUGCAGGAUUGCUCCUAGCUCCUUGCUCUUUAUUCUCAAUUUUUAUACAGAGUGGGAGGUUUUUUCUUUAGUAACAUUUUCUAGAUUUUCUUGUUGAUCACUAACUAUCUAUGAUGGAAUUUGGGUUCUUUUACUAUGUCAGUUUGUUUAUUAAAGAUUCUAUAGGGAUUACUUCUAUUCGAGCAGCCUUAGAAGAUUGUAGAAUCAGAUUUUGUAUCAAACUUUCCUGGAUGAUAGUGUUGAAAAUGAAGCAAUUACAUCCAAAGGGGUGAAAGUAGCUCAAGGUCGCUCGCUAAGUGAAGGAUUCUCCCAGCUAGAUGAGAAAGCAAUGGAGACUCGAGGACAUCACCUUAUCCACCAUUAUGUCGACUUGCUGUCAUACUUGAUUAGUUCGUCAAGGGUUGAUGGUGUUGGGCUCUAUGAUGGGAAUGGUCCUGACGCUGAAAACCGAGCAAUAUGGUUGCAGGGUGGAGUUGUUGGGGAACAGAAGGGUAAUUGAUGUACGAGUUUCUUGGGUUGAAGUCUAUUGAAGACUUGUUUGGACAACUCGUGUAGGCGUACAAGGUCGAGGAUGCUAUGAACCUGUUAGAAAGUAGAAACACAUUUAUUGCUUAUUUUUGUCAUUUGAGAUUAUUUAUCGAUUUCAGACGUUUUGCAAUUCUUUGAGGAAUUUCGGGAAUAAUUAGGGAGUAGUUUA